AUGAUCAAGCCAAGCGCUGCAUCACCAUGCCAUCAAGUGUUGUACCACUGUAGCCUCGAUCCUCACGCUUCGCUCCCUUGGGCUCAACCUAUCCCUUCACGCAAGCUCUACCCCGCCGCCUGCCGCUCCUUCAAGCUAACCACAAUCCCCUCGGUUAGGACCUGUCUUGGUUGCUGCAGCGGAUGGCUUUCCCUCUCUACCUGCAUCGACAAUGGUCAUAGUCUGCUCAGCCUCUUCCACCCCGUCAUGGCUGCUGAGAUCCUCCUGCCCCCGCUUAUCUACGACAGGCGCCUCGUCUCCAAGAUGGUCUUUACACCCAACCCCACCACAGACGACUUCCUGGCCGCUGUGAUAUGUGACAUCAAUGGGUUUGCCCGCGUCACCGCUGGGGCCAGGAGGUGGGCCGUCCUCGACCCCAUCCGCCUUGAUAAUGGAGACCAGAUCGCCGACCUCCUCUACCACAUAAAUGGUAUGGUCUACGGUCUCACUCGAUUUAGAGAUGUCCACGUGCUCCACCUACCGCAUCAGCGCUGCAGGAAACUAUCAUCCUCGAGGGCCACACAUUAG